CUGCUGCACAUCCAGACAAAAAUAACAGCCUGGAAAUAGUGCUGAGGCAGUCUGCCGGCCUCUGUAUGGAAGCUAAAGCCACCAUGCAGAUGCUGACCAAGUGCUACCGCAGGAACUGCCUGCUGACUGUCAUGGACCAGUACUCAGCCAUGGUGUGCAACAUGAAACAGCUGGUGAUGAUCCCCAGCCUUCUGUGGGAUGUGCAGCUGAGUGUUCCAGGGCACCAGGCCUAGGCAGGGGCUCCCGAUCUCUACAACUACUUCACCAUGCUCAAGGCCAUCUGCGUGGAUGUGGAACAUGGGCUGUUGUCCUGGGAGGAGUGGAAGGCCAAGGUGGCAGGUGGCAAAGCUGAUAAGGCUGAGAAUGAAGCUGCAGAGACAGAGGAGGCCGAGGAGGAGAGAGUCUUGGGGCAGCUGGACCUGGAAGCCUAGUUCCACCUGCACUUCUCCAGCCUUCCUCACAUCCUCACCCACCUUACCCUGAAAGCCGAGGAGGUGACGAGGAAAUACCAGGAGAUAAUGGGACAACCCAUAGAGGCCUCGGACUCUAGGAAAGCUUACUCCACAUGACAGAAGGCAGACUCUGUGAUGAGGACAUGGAGCAGUUCGCUAGCCUGACGAUGGUAAGACCAGAAAGACCUGGACCCGCAGCUAGAA